AAUCCACGUAACUUGCUGGAGAUUAAAAUAUACGCGUAAGAUAUAUGUAACGAUAUAUGCCUUAUUCCUUUUCCUAGAGAUCUUUUAGCUGCCGUUCUGACCAGCGUGGACAGCUACUCCAAAGCUGGAACACCUUACUUCCCCUUAUGCCUAGAUUCAAUAACAGUUAAGGGUGGUGACGUAUGGAGCCCGGUUCGCCGGAAGAAGUGUGUCGCACCUCGCGACGCGUUCCAAUGGCACAAACCGUUUUCUGGAUUUUCUCUUUGCCGCUUCGACUUCCAAGCUGGCUUUUAGUGGCAGCCGGGGGCGAGAUCCUUCGAAGGCUACAUCGGUCGCUAUGGCUGGCUUUCAGUUCCAGGCCAACCCUUACGAGGCAUCAAAAGCGCACGGCGGUAGAAGUUGUCCACGCCGGGGGCCAAACCGAGCUGAGCAUGAUGCAGUUAAAUAGCGUCCUUACAAUUUCCGACCUCAAUGAGGAAGCUGUGGCGGCUCAGCUGCAGCAACUGGAGCGUACACGCACGGAGAAAGGGGUUUUACAAAGCGUGCUCAAGUCCAGAGACGACCGCGUCUCCAUUCUGGAGCAAUGUAUCGUGGACUUGGAGGCCCGCAACGCACGGCUAUAUGGCACGCUUGCGAACGUGGUGCUGCCCGUACUCGAGCGGCUGGUUGGCGCCUCACAGCAAGCCUCCGACGGCGCGGGUGUCAACGAGGCGCUGCUGGCCGAGCUGCCAGCGCAAGUGCUGGAGGCCCUUGUCCGCUCACAGCAGGUGGUCGCGGAGGUCGCAGGCGACGGAGCCUCGGAGGCCAGCCCUCGCGAGAAGCUGGGCGCGGAAGAGUGCCGUGACUCGGAGCCGAGACGAUCGGGUCACCGUGUCCUGUCGGCAUCACGCGCUGUGGUCAUCCCGCCGGUGACGGUCCCUGAGGGUUCCGGCAGCCAAGCGCCGGACUCCGGGACGCCCCAUUCUCCGGCGGCCUGCAAGGCCCUGUCGUUCGAGUCGCCUGCCCGCGGCAACACCGUCCGUGUGGAAGUCCACAUGGAGGGCAUGUGAGUAGGUAGCGCUUGGGUAGCGCAAGCCUAUAGAAUACACAAGCGGGCAGCCUGUGGAUGCUACGCUUCCAAGGAUGCUACGCAGGCCUAUGGCCGAUGGCGGAGAUGGUGGAGAGCGUUGUAUAUGCUGGGGCCUAGCCCGAGCGAAGCGAAAUGCACUUUAAAAACGUUGUACUUGUAUACGGUAUAGGUUGGCGCCAUGUGUAUGGUGCCGGUACGGCGCCCGGCACGGCCGCCUUACUUGUCUGGAUGCAACAUGCGCAUCUCGGCUGACAUGCAUUGCCUGCAUGCUUGUUCUUGUACGUGAUACCAUGUUUGAAGGCUAUGAGGGAUGAACACGCGAUUUAUGUCAUUGCAUGGCCUUUCCGGGUUCCGUGACCAAUACAGUAGGUUGUCGUACAUGCUGUGACUGUCCCUCUAUCGCCUGUGGGCGUGGUGCUCGCUGCGAGCGUAAUACUCACAUACUACGAUGCACCCCCAAGGUGGCCGCCUUGGGGCGGCUGGUCUCUGCCAUAGCGCAGGCUUUGCGUAUGCUGUUAUGGGUCAAUGCAUCACGUUAUUCGUCCUUUGAAGCUUGCCAUGUGCGUGCAGCGUGCUUCCCGUGUGAAGGAUAUGGUGUCGCAGCCCUGAAGUAAAUGUGAGGGUUGGGCCUCUGGCGUGCCUUCGCAGCAUGUAAUCUGUAAAUCCUGAAUACGC